GGAGGGCUCUCGGAGAACGGCGAUCAGUAGGCACUGCGCAGGCGCAGUAGGUUGUACUCGCCCGGACAGCGGCCGCAGAGCAGGGAAGAUGGACGAUUUCCAGGCUUCAGAGGAGACUUCUUUUGUGGUCGAUGAAGUGAGUAACAUUGUAAAAGAGGCCAUAGAAAGUGCAAUUGGCGGUAAUGCUUACCAACAUAGUAAAGUCAAUCAGUGGACCACAAAUGUAGUGGAACAAACUUUGAGUCAACUUACCAAGUUGGGGAAACCUUUCAAGUACAUUGUGACCUGUGUGAUUAUGCAGAAAAAUGGAGCUGGGCUACAUACAGCAAGCUCUUGCUUUUGGGAUAACACCAGUGAUGGAAGCUGUACUGUGAGAUGGGAGAACAAGACUAUGUACUGUAUAGUCAGUGCCUUUGGAUUGUCAAUUUAACUUUGUUCAAAUUGUGUAGCCUCAUGGUUUUUGUUUUUUUUUUUUUCAACCAUUUCCAUUCCAUAGUCUAUCUGCAUACUGUGAAUUCAUCUUCAAACUUUUAAAAGGUUUGAAAAGUAUCUUCUACUUUCAAAUUGUAGGGGAAAAAAGUCCAAUGGCCACACUGUUACAUGGGUUGCAUACUUUACUUUGUUCACCGUAAGUUGACAUAUCCAGUAUUGUUACCUUGUCUUAACUCUUCAAUAUUUCCAAAUAUUCAAAGGUGCUAAAAAAAAAAAAAAAGAUGAAAUCUGCUGCAGCAUGACUUUUUCUAAUUUCUGAAAUGAUUUAUAUAACAUACUAACUUCCCACUUUAUACUUUUCUUAGUAGAAUAAUAAAUUAUUAAAAUUCAUAAA